AUGGAGACCUUCUUCUGUGUGACAACCUUUCAAGCACUUGAAGGGUGUGAUCAUAUAUCUCUGAAGUCUUCUCUUCUCAAGGCUAAACACAUCCAGUUCUUUCAGUCUCUCCUCACAGGGCUUUGUUUCCAGUCCCCUGAUCAUCCUCGUUACCCUCCCCUGGACCAGUUUGAUUGCUUUGGGCUUGCCUCCUCCCAGCCACCCUCCACAAGUCGCUGCAAGAGCUUGCUGAGGAAUGCGCUGCAGACCCACUGCGGACAUCGCUAUUGCUCAGAGUGCCUGGCCUGGAUUGUACGAAACAGUAACAACCCAGUUUGUCAGAGGUGUAAAGAGGAAGAUCCGGGCACCACAAAUGAAGAAAGUUUACUAUCAGCAGGAAAGGCUUUUAGUGAUGCUGCCAUUAACAAGGAAAUUUUGGAACUCAGCGUGCGUUGUGGGAUCCCUGGAUGUAACUGGAUGGGCUUCAUGAAGAACCUGGACGAUCAUCAGAGCACAUGUGAAUAUGCCCCAGUCCCAUGCCAUGCCAACCCCUGUGGACAGGCAGCGAUGCGAAAAAGGCUGGCAGAUCGCUUGCAGGGCGACUGUGCAGACGCCACCCCGUGCUCGGACGGCGGCAGCCCAAAGGUCUCUGGGAACGAGCAUCAAAAACCAUUGGAGCAUAUGUUAAAAACCUGUCCUGCACAGAAUUCCCUGGUGGUUUUCGCUGGUGAGGAAGGAUGUCGGUUUUCUAGGAUUGGAUGCUCUUUCAAGGGCAAUGCAGAAGACAGAAAAGAACAUGAGAGGCAGGCUGCAGGGACACAUUUGAUGCUGUUGCUCCACCACGUGAUGAAGCUGAAAGCUCGCUUGUACCCAGGAGGUGGUGCGCUUGAUGCACGCUUGACAGACUCCACAGUUCUGAUGGAGAUCUUCUUAAGCUUGAAACUGUGGGGGGCCUUGGCAGCAGACUCUUCUAGGCUUCCUCUGUGUGAGGAGGAGAGCAGGCGGACGCUCCCGCGGACAGCAAAGGGGGUCUCCUUGCUGGAGGGCAAGCUGAGUGUGUUCGAAAACAUUGCUUCGGUGCUGAGCAAGGAGAUGGCUGCCUCUCGCCAGAAGAUUGUGGCUUUCCGGAGCCAGAGGGGCCUUGACCAGGACAUGAUCCGCGGCUUGGAGCUGAAGAUUACAGAUCUGCAGCGAUGCCUUAUACAGAAAGACACAGCUCUGAGCAAGCUUGAGGAGAGGCUCCUGUUGUCUGAGCAAGCAUCUUACGAUGGCGUCUUUUUAUGGAAGAUUAUGGAUGUCCACCGGAAGUGCUACGAAGCUGUGUGUGGGAAGUUGUGGGGCUUCCAUUCUCCCCCUUUCUACACUUCACGAUACGGUUACAAGCUCUGCAUGAAGAUUUACCUGAACGGCGAAGGGCAAGUCAGAGGGACCCACCUCUCCCUCUUUGUGGUGCUCCUGAAGGGGAAGUACGAUGCUCUUCUCCAGUGGCCUUUCGCACACAAGGUAACUUUGAUGUUGCUCGAUCAGAACGACGGAGAGCAUCUUGUUAAUACUCUCCACCCAGAUCCAGCCUCUGCUUCAUUUCAGAAGCCGGUGACUGAUAUGAAUGAGGCCAGUGGCUUCCCCAGGUUUGUUCCUUUGGCCAAACUGCAUUCACCGAAACAUGCCUAUUUCAGAGAGGGCACCCUUUUCCUCAAGUGUGUUACGGAAGCCACUUUGUGAAGGUUUGAAAGCCGAGGCAGGUGACAAAACCGAGGGUUGGCGGCUGCAUUGGAAACAUCCCAGGAGCUGUAGGGCUGAUUUGCAUCUGCACUGAGGCUGAUUUGCAUUGGCAAUAGAGCUGAUUUGCACAUUGCAGUUACUCAUGGGAUGGUUACAGUGUGAAGCAAUGUGCUUUUGGCUGCACAUUCUGUACGGUGGGUGUGUUCCCCCAGUUUCCUGCCUCCAUCUCUGUGUCAUGAGUUCCAGUUCAGUGUGUGUGUGUGUGUGUGUGUGGCAUUAUGUUUGUCAUGUUGAUGUUCCAUUUUAGAUGCAAAAAUGUCACAGGGUGGUGCUGCAAAGACACAAAAGUAGCCAUUUUUGUAAACACAGUGAAUGCUUAAUUAGGGUCGGGUAAAGGAUGACUGUGUUACAUUUUUUUUUUAGGACUGCUAGUUAGGGGAGCCAGUGUGGCGUAGUGGUUAAGGUGUUGGACUACGACCUGGGAGACCAGGGUCCGAAUCCCCACAUAGCCAUGAAACUCACUGGGUGACCUUGGGCCAGUCACUGCCUCUCAGCCUCACGAAAACCCUGUUCAUAGGGCCGCCGUAAGUCGGAAUCAACUUGAAGGCAGGACAUUUACAUUUAGUCCUGCUUAGAGCAGACCCCUUCAAAUAAAUGAACGUGGCAAACUUUGGUCCAUCAAUUUCAGUGGGUCUCCUCUGAGUAAAACUUGGUUGGCUAAAACCCUCUGUUGCCAGCCUUCCUCCUGACAUUGCAAGUGAGCAGCUGGAUGUAGAAAAGGAGCUUUUAUUUUACGUCUUUAAAAUCAAUAAACAACACUUAGAAUACUGGAGGAGAGAAAAUCCUGGCUGGGAAACAAACACCAUCAAGAAAUAAAAAGACAAGAAAGCAACUACAUUAAAAAGCUCUGCCAGGAGUUUCUAUUUCCUUAUCAAUGACAGCCAAGAUAGGCUCCGGUCGAAAAACAGUGUUUCUACUCCCACUGCAACUGUGUGCAGCUAGGCUGGUGGAUUAAUAGGAGGCAAAUCAUCUGGCAGAAAUCCCUUUUGCUGCCUUUGAUCUUCCUUGCUCUUUCAACCAGCAGUGCCACAAUGGAGCUGGCAGGGACCGGCAACAGGUUUAAUGAAUAAGCAGCAAGUUUAAGUAUUGACAUGGCUAUGAGUGGCAGAAUGAGAACAUCAGAAGAGCUUGGCUGCUGAGUCAGGCCAGUGGCCCAUCUAGUCAAGCAUCCUGUUCUCAUAGUGGCCAACCCAAUGCCCAUUAUGGGAAGCUCACCCACAACGAGGACCUGACUAUGUUCUCAGCAACUGGUAUUCAGAGGUAUACUGCUUCCGACCGCUGGGGGGGGGGAGGAGAACAUAAGCCAUUGUGACUAGCAGCCACUGAAACCUUUAUCCUCCACGAAUUUGUCCAGUCCUCUUUUAAAACCAUCCAAGUUAGUGGCCAUCACUAGCAAUGGAACGAUCCGCCAGUUUUGGUUAUUGGGUUUUAUUUUUUCAGUCAAAUGCCAUUCUCCACAUUUCUGCAAGAAUGUGUGUGUGUGUGUGUGUUUUAAAAAAUCCAUACCUUCCCAAUUAGUAUCAACUAGCACCUACCCUGUGGAAUUCCCUCCCCUUAAAUAUUAGGCAGGUGCCAUCUCUGCUAUCUUUUCGGCGCCUUUUGAAGACUUUCCUCUUUCAACAAGCCUUUUAAGUUGAGACCUAUCCCAGUCUGCGUCUGUGUUAGAAUUGAUUUUAAUAUGUUUUCUUUAAUAAUAUGUUUUUAACCUUAAAAAAAUGUUUAAAGCUUUUUAAAAAAAUGUUUUUAACGUUGUUUUGUUUUAAUGUAAGUUAAGGUCAUUUAUGAUGUUUUAAAGUGUUUUUAGCGUUUCUGCCCUGGGCUCCUGCUGGGAGGAAGGGGCGGGAUAUAAAUCAAAUAAUAAAAAUAAACUGAUUUAAAAUAAAAUUUCUAUAAAGUCCAGUAUCAAUGGUACUUAACUCCAUGCAGGAUUUCAAAUAUAUAUCCUGCGGCACAGAAUCUAUGUUGGAGAUGUGAAAAUAAUAAAGCCAAUUAUUUGCAUGUAUUGUGGAGCUGCCCUGCGAUACAAGGACUAAUGUGUGUAACAUAAUAUCAGAAAUGUCUGAGACAUGACCGGAUAUUCUCUACCAAAUGACCCUAAAGUAUUAUUGUUAAAUUUUCUUGAUGGCGUAAUUCUAGAAUCUGAUUUAGACAUUAUUUCAAAUCUGUUGACAGCAACAAAAUAACAAUUGCUAAGGUACAGAAAAAGAAAGAAGCUCCAUUAAUUUUAGGCUGGUUUAAUAAAGUCUGGGAGACAAUAUUAAUGUUAAAACUGACAUACCUUGGAAGAGAGAAAAAAUGGACAAGUAAAUAGGUUUAUAGAACGGUUGUCUUUAUUUAUCAUGUUUUGGAACAAGAAGAUACAAGAUAAUAUUUACCCACAUUCUUUAUAUACAGGACCAUAAAGGAAUAUGAUCACUAUGAAAAGGGAAAUAAUAUAUGUUUUAUAAAGCUUUGCAUAUCGCACACAAUGUGCAUAAUUUCUUUCCCUCUGUUUACUCAUUGAUUGUACCUUCUCCAUUACGUUA